AGCCGUGCCAGGGAGCUGUGCCGGCCGCUGGCACUCGGAGCCCAUGGCCCCGGGCAGCGGGAGCCGGCGGUGGCAGCCCUAAGGGCUCGCUAGGGACGGGUGGCCUCAGAUGAUGUCCUACCUCCAGUUCCCUGGCCGAGAGCUGGAGCGCUUCGAUGGGCUCUCCCUCAUUUACUGGACGCUCAUGGGACCAUACGGGAUGGACCGAACUGUGCACUGCUUUGACUUCUACGACUGUGCAAACGGCCUGGGGAUUAAGGUCAUUGGUGGCAUCAAGGAACUCACUGGAGAAGAAUAUGGAGUUUAUGUCAAGAGGAUCAUUCCAGGAGGGGUGGCCUAUGCAGAUGGCCGCCUGCAGCCAGGAGACCAAAUCCUGGAGGUCAAUGGAGACUCCCUGCUCGGGGUGACAAGUGAGAGGGCUGUGGACAUCCUGAGGACGGCGUCGGCCACCAGCCACAUGCGGCUGCUGAUAGCCCGCGACGACGACGCCAGGAGGGAGUUCUCUGAGCUCCUGGAGAAGUUUGGCUCCCAGAGCAACACGGGCUCGGCGCGGAGCUCGCCGGUGCUGCCCGGCGGCGGUCGCUACCUGGAGAGUACCUCCUCAGGCUCCUCCUCACGCUCCCAGAGCCCUCUGCUGCUGAGCCCUGCCAGCUCCCACGGCCCCUGCCUGCCCAGCCUGGCACACCCCCAGCACGCACACUCCUCUGCUGACUCAGGGAUCCAGAGCAUCUCCAUCGCCAAGUCCUCGGGCCUGGGGCUGGCCAUCGGCGGCGGCGCCAACCGGCCGGACGGGCCCAUGGUCUACGUCCAGGAGCUGCUGCCAGAUGGGGACUGCUACAAGGACGGUCGUCUCCGGCCUGGGGACCAGCUGGUUGCCAUCAACAGAGACUCCUUGGUGGGCAGCACCUAUGAAGAGGCCAGAAAAAUCAUUGCAAAAGCCAAACUCAGACAUGAGGGAAACACAGAAGUGGCCUUUCUGCCUGGAAGGGGACGGCUGCACCCCGGGCUGCCAGCCCCCAGCAACAGCACAUCCCCACCUCCAAGGGCUGUGGGAAAUGGGCUCAGCUCCUGCAGGCUGAAGGGCCAGCUGAGGUCCCCAGAGAACCCCCGAGAAAACCAUUUCCCUGUGCCUUCUUUGUCACCAGACAUCUGCCCACCAGAGCUCACUGUCUCAGCACCCACUUCAGCAGCCAACCACAGGGCAGCUGCAGGCACCAAACCAAAAGUGGCCCUGGACCCCCACAUCCGCCUCAAGGACGGCAAACUGGAGCUGGUGCUGCAGUACCUGGGGCUGGAUGUGAGCGAGGAGAAGAGGAGGAGGCUGCGGCAGAGCCUCCCCAGCGACUCGCAGGGCACCGUGGCCUAUGGGGAUGUGCUGCAGGCUCUGAGGGCCCUGCUGCAGGAGGAGCUGGAGGAGGCUGGGCUGGACUCCAGCUGCAUGCUCUUCACUCAGCACGAAGUGGCCAACCUGCUGGACACCUCAGCCUUCCACUCCCCGACCUUGGACUCUCUGAGCUGCACCAGCAGCGAGGAGCUGGAGCAGCUGCAGCUGGAGACGCUGGACCUGCGGCACGAAGUGCGAAGGCUCAAGGCGCUGCUGAAGGAGGUGGAGAACAGCAAGAAGGCGAUGGAAGACGAGCUGCAGAGGCUGAACCAGAAGGCGCUGGGGUUCCUGUCGGAGAACCGCUCGCUGCACAGCAAGCUGCAGGUGGCAGAGCUGGGCCGGAGGCAGGCACACAGCGCUGAGCAGGACUACGAGGAGGUCAUCCACCUGCUGGAGGCCGAGAUCGCAGAGCUGAAGAUGCAGCUGGCAGGGAAGAGAGCAAAGCACGUCUCCGAAGUGGAGGAGGACCUGCUGGAGCUGAGGAGGCAGCUGGCCCUGGCCGCCGGCCGGCUGCGGACGUCGGAGGUGUCUCGGAAGCGGCUGGAGAUCUGCAACAGGAGGCUGCUGCUCUUCGUGCAGAAUGUCCACAAGGUCCUGAGCACUUCCACUCCCCUGCCAGAGGACAACAGAGCCAGCAGUGACACAGCAGAGGACAAAGCAGAGGCACUCUCAGACACACCUCUCCCAUCUCCAGAUCUGCUUCACCUUCUGCUCUCAGAAGCUAAAGAGCUGCUGGCACCAAUCCUCCCCAGCAAGGACGCUUCACCGUGUGACAGGGACCAGUGCCUGCCUGCAGAAGGGAUCCCAGAGCCCAAGGACCACCUGCACCAGAAGCCGACGUGGCCGCCCCCCGCCGGGCAGCCCCCGAGCCGUGCGCCGCAGCCGCCCAGCCCAGCGCCGGCCCUGCCGCAGUAG